UAAUUUUUGUAUUGUAUUGGGCUCCGAAAAUAACCAGGCCUGGUUAUGAUGAACUAGAUUUUCAGGAGAAUCAUCAUGUGUGCAUUUUUUUUCUUGGAUCGAUAAUUUGAUACUGACUUGUGCAUUUGCUAGGAUGUGAGUGCAUCCCUUUCAAAGAGAUACCCUGAACUGUAUAGAGAGGAAAUUCGUAAUUCCUUUUUCAAAUGGAGAGUUGUGGCAGUAUGGGCUUCUUCUGCUGUGUAUCAAUCUUUGGUAUGCUAUCUCUUCGUAACCGUCUCAGCAGCAUUUGAUGGCAAAAAUUCAUCAGGCAAAACAUUUGGUCUUUGGGACGUGAGCACAAUGGUCUUUACCUGUCUAGUCAUAGCCGUGAACCUGCGGAUUCUUUUGAUGAGCAACUCGAUUACCAGAUGGCAUCAUAUCACAGUUGGUGGAAGCAUUUUAGCAUGGCUCGUUUUAACUUCUUCUCUUUUUUGCUUUCUGUGUGUAUGCAGGAGAAUUUCUACUUAUGUCCUAAUGAGUACAUUUUAUUUCUACUUCACAUUGCUGCUUGUUCCGGUUGGUGCUCUUCUGGCAGAUUUCAUCUACCAAGGGGUGGAGAGAUGGUUCCUCCCAUAUGAUUAUCAAAUAGUUCAAGAGAUUCACAGGCAUGAGGCGGAUAGUAGCAAUGCAGAUCAACUGGAGAUAGCGAAUGAGCUCACACCAGAAGAAGCGAGAAGCUAUGCGAUAUCCCAAUUGCCUCGGGAAAUCUCAAAGCACACUGGUUUUGCCUUUGACUCACCUGGCUAUGAGUCGUUCUUUGCAUCUCAAUUGGGGUUUUACGCUCCACAGAAAGUGUGGGAUGUGGCUAGGAGAGCUAGCAUGAGGUCACGGCCCAAAGCACCAAAGAAGAAUUGAAACGAGAAGAAGAAAAUGGGUAUAUGAGUUGUGUUGUAUAAUUAGGCGGUCACUUUUCCACACCAUAAUGGAAGUUUUGUUAGGCCUUUAGUUUGUAUUGGAAAUAUGUAGAAAUCUUAGCUUAGGCGUUUUUGUUUGUAAUGCUUUUAGCUUUCAAAGCCUUCGUUCUGAGGUAUGUAGGCACAAAUGAAAAGACAGUCGCUCUAUUUUAUAGAUAUAGAAGCCUCUCCUACAAA